GCAUGCGUGUAAGGAUGAUAACAAACAGUACAAGAAGAUGGCGACAGGUUACUGUCUUAGGAAAACCGUUCCAGUUGGAGGGAAAGGGGAUCCUGUUUGCCCCAAUACUAUUCUUCUAGUUCCCGACAAACUUAUUACAUUUGGUAGAGUUGUAGUUUCUGGUGAAGCAAACGUUCGCUUGCAAUCUAAGAUCGCGCCGUUGAUGAUAUCUCGCAAACACGCAACUAUCUCUUGCUCUUCAGGCAAGUGGAGUGUAGUUGAUCAUGAGAGUCUGAAUGGAGUGUUUGUGAAUAACAACAAGGUGCAAGGCAAUACCCCAUAUGAGCUUCAAAUAGGUGAUAAAAUAGUGUUUGGUGUGGCAAUUGAUUCAAAUCCACCUGAAUUUGAAUAUACAUUUGAUGCAAUGCCCAAGGUCAAGAAAAGAGUAGCAGAUGUUCAGCCAUCCUGUAGCAAGGAUUCUAAGCAAAGGAAGGUGCUGUCAGAAAGUGGUACUAAUGUUCAACAGCCUGGAAGUAGCAGAAAUUCUGAUUGUGAUUUAUCACACACUGAGGAUAAGAUAAAAGCUGCAGAGGAACGGAUAGAAAAAUUGAAAGUUUCUUUGCAUGAAAAAGAAAAACAGUUAGAAAUGGCUGAGAAGGCUAUGGAAAGCAAAUUGUUGGAACAGAAAGCUGAUCUUGAGAAAGAAAAGUUACAGCUCGAAAAGAGUCUUAAGGAAUUGUUAACAAGCACCCUCAGAGAAAAAGAGGAAUGUUUGGGUCAACAGUUAGCAACUCAGAAGGCUAUUUUGAUAAAAGAGAAAGAAAAAGUAGAAGAAAGUUUGCAAAGAGAGCUCAACAGAAAGCUGGAACAAAAGGAUAAAGAACUUGAAGAAAGACUUGUAAAGGAGAAAGCAGCUUUAGAACAAGUUAUAUCCGAGAAAGAACUGCAACAGGUGAAYCUUCAGAUAGAACUCGAAGAAUACAAGGAUGUUGUUGAAAGACUGAAAUAUGUGGAAGCUAAUGAAAGAAAAUUGGCAACAAAUUUAGAAGAGUUGAAAAAUAUUGUACAACAGAAAGAAGAGGAAUUAAAGCAUCAGCAAGAAGUAACUAGAAGAGCUCAAGAGACUGCUCGCAAGACCGUUGUGGAAGAAAUGGAAGAUGAAUUCUCUUGUAUAAUUUGUCAUGAACUGUUCAUUCGUGCAACUACUCUGGCAUGCUCUCAUUCUUUUUGUGAGCACUGUCUAUAUUCGUGGUUACAGAAGAGAAACUCCUGCCCAGUUUGUCGCUGUCCAGUUCAGGCACAACCAGUGCACUCAAUUGUUCUGGACAAUGCUAUUGCUAAAAUGGUAGAGGCAUUAGACGAUGAUACCCAGAGCAGGAGGAAGGCUUUAUUACAAGAAAGGGCAGAAAAAGGCAAAGAUCUACAAGUGAUUAUCCCUAAUCCAGUGACAUACGUGCAGCGCACAGCUGAUCAUCACCCUUCGCACCAUGAACCUACCAGCCGACAGGUCUCUAGGCAUGAAGACAUACAGUUUGAACCGAGACGUGUUCAAGCCCCAGUACGGCGACAUGAUUAUUAUAGGUACAGCAAUGCAAAUACCUAUAAUGGCAGUACUACUAGCUACAGUGACAACAGGAAUCAAUACAACUAUCCCCAGAGAGCACAAUACAACAGAGUAUACAACGUAGUCUGCUUUGCAUGUGGUUUAAGAGGACAUUUGGCCAGGGACUGUCCAUAUAGCUAUCGCAGAUGAACCUCGACUAUAAUUUUCAUUACUAGACGAGUAAAACAGACGGCUGUUAGUGCAAUACAUGUCGUCAACAUGCUGCUAAUGAAACUAUAAAACUAUAAAACAGCUAUAAAACUGUUUGUUUGAAGCCAGAUUGAAAUCACUGGAGUUUUGGCUAUGUCUGUGUAUCAUUAGUAUAAUGAUAAAUGAAUUAAAUCGUAAUUUUUGUUAUCAAAACGUUUGGGAGUUCAAUCCACCUUUGCUUACCAAAGAAUGUUAAUACUGAAUAUUUGUGAAUAAAGUGUGGCACGCGAAUAAAAGUG